AUGGUAACCCUAAAAUCACUCUUUGUCUCUUCCGACCCACCAUCGCUUCCCUCUCUUCCGAUGGAACUCAUGGAAGAAAUUCUGUGUAGGCUUCCCGUCAAGCUCCUCAUACAACUUCGAUGUUUAAGUAAGUCUUUCAAUGACCUAAUUUCUGAUCCUAAAUUUGCUAGAAAACACAGCAUGUCAACCAUGCAUCGCCACCACCUCGUCGUAACCUACACAGAUUAUGACAUAAGCUUAAGCCCAGGAGGGUCAAGGAUAAUCUCUUACCCACUUCACUCCAUUUUCUACCCACGCUACUCCAUUUUUGACUCGAUCCUUGAACACACCAGAUUAGAAUAUCCUUUUGACAAAGAAUAUAUUAUUAAUUGUGGCUCUUGCAAUGGAAUACUUUGUUUAGCUUUGAAACAAAAACGUGUUGCUAAAGUAAAUAAUGUCCUUUUGUGGAACCCUUCCAUAAAAAAAUUCAAAUUAUUGCCUUCUUUGAAAAACACUCCGGUAAACAACUGUCGUCAUGAUCCUGUAUUUGGCUUUGGAUAUGAUCAUGUAUUUGAUGUCUACAAGGUAGUUGUUAUUUUUUCCAAAACUCAAGGAAUGAUUCAUACUUUGGGUACUGAUACUUGGAGAUUGAUUAAUGGGGAUUUCCCUCUUCCUGUUUAUGAUUUGAAAUUCGUGAGUGGUGCGCUGAAUUGGAUUCCAUAUUUGAAGAAUUAUAUUCAUAGUCUUGCUUCUUUUGAUUUGGUGACUGAGUCGUAUAAAAGACUUUUGCAGCCUAACUAUGGAGCGGAAUUUGUGUAUAAUUUGAACUUGGAUGUCUCGAGGGAUUGUUUGCGUAUCUUUGCUAGUAGACAAAGGUUUUUUGAUGUUUGGCUGAUGAAAGAGUAUGGAAAUGAAGGGUCUUGGACUAAAUUGUUUCAUGUUCCUUACUUGGAAGAAGAUCCUUUCAUUUCUAAAUAUGCCACGUACCCGCUGUGGCUUUCCGAAGAAGACCAAGUGCUAAUGAAUCAUACAUUCUCGUUGCAAAGUGAUUCGAAUUAUUUGUCCAUUUAUGAUUUAAAAAAUGGUACUUUUAAGUUUCCAAAGAUUCAUAACAUCAAAAGUUUUAAUGGGGUUACCCUUGAAGUUUGCGUUCAGAGUUUGAUAUCACCUUGUUUCUAA